AUGUUGCAGCAGCACAACCGCGGCACUCAAUGUGAUUGUUGCUUCGAGAUUGUCAGCCGCAAGAAGACCGUACAGUUACCUGGUUGCGGCCACACCUACUGUGCCGACUGUCUCCGUGUUAUAUACCGCAUGGCCAUCAAUGAUGAGGCACACUUCCCGCCCUCGUGUUGUUCAGGGGCCAUCAAGAUCGAAUCUGUGAAGCAUCUGCUGCAUAGCCCACAGAUCAGAGCUUUUGUAAGGUGUGCUGCCGAGUACAGUACCCCUGUGCUUGAUCGUCGUUACUGCGCAGAUACUCGCUGCAACUCUUUCCUGGGACGUGCGAACGGCGGUAUCCUCAGAUGCGGCAAGUGUGGUAAUCUGACUUGCGACGUCUGCAAGGACCAUGCACAUCCUGGAGUUUGUAAAGAAGAGCGUGGUCGAGACGUCCACAAGCUCGAUGCAGAUCUUGAGCGCCUUGCUGCAGAAGAGGGCUGGCAACGCUGUCCUUCUUGCUCAAGAAUGGUGGUUUUGAGUGAGGGAUGCAAUCACAUCACUUGCCGAUGCAAGCACGAAUUCUGCUAUAUCUGCGGUGCCAAAUAG